AUGACUAUCACCUUGCAAGAUGUGGCAGGCAUAUUGGGCUUGCCUACUGACGGCAUUGUCGUCACCGGAUCUACCUCCGAGGAUUGGCCCGCUGCUUGUGGGGCUGUAUUUGGCGUGGUCCCACAGGCCAAUGAGUUCCAUCAUUCAGGCGACCUCCGCAUCUCAUUCUUAGAUCGGUUAUAUACUCGGUGGACUGAUCAUGCCGGGGAUCAUGAUGUCGAGAUCUACUUCACAAAGGUGCACAUUGCCAGGAUGUUGGGGUGUUGGUUGCUGGCGGACAAGUCUGGAGGUAGCAAUUUCGGUUGUCGGCUAGUCCCGUUGCUUGGGGGAGGAUUUGAUGAGAUCGACCGAUUCAGCUGGGGAUCUGCGGUUCUGUCACACUUGUUCAGGAAUUUGUGUGAAUUGACAGAUGUCGGUCGAUCUGACAUGGGAGUUUGUCAUAUUCUCCUUCAGAUUUGGGCAUGGAUACGAUUCCCACCCAUUGCUCCGCCGUUUCCUCCUCAUCCAGAGCCAGGCACGCUUUAUGGAUUCCGGUAA